CUAUUGUAAUCUUUAUAAUUAAAAUAUUUCAAUAAAUAAAUUCGAGUUUUUGGGGCCUCCGACUGUGUGAAACAUAAUUGGCGCAGUCGGUAGGAUCCUCAAAAAUAAGUGGCAUAGAUAGUUGACCUCGCUAUCGCUACGAGGAUCAAGAAUCUACGUAUUUAGACAAUAAUUGUAGAAGUUUAAGUAGUUUAGAAAGUAUUUUUGAAGAGAUGGCGGUACAUGACUCUGACGUUAUUUUUAAGGCCAGUUCCAGUUCCCCAAUUUGACAGGAAUGUGAAUGUUUUAUCGCGAUUUAUAAGAAUUUGCGAUUUAUUUGCAAAUCAGUAUGUUAGUACAGGACCGGGUAGCGAACUAUCGAAUUUAUGCUUAAUUAAAGGUAUUUUAAAUAAAAUUACCGGUUCUGCCUCGCGCUUCAAGAAUUCAAAGGGAAAUCCCUAAAAUUGGGCUGUUAUAAGGUCGGCAUUAAUUAAUAAUUUUUCCGACCAGAGCGAUGAAAUAUCUUUAUACAACAAUUUUUUCUUUGCCUACGCAGGGGUCCUCAACUCAAGAAUAUUAUGCAAGGUGUCAACAGCUAUAGCUCAAUCAUGACAAACGUAUGGCUUCAUACUAUCACGAAAUAGUCGAAAGUACAGUUGAAGCAAAACGCGCGCUUUACAAAAAGGUAGCCCUUCAGGCUUAUGUUCGCGGAUUAAAAAAACCUUUAGGGUCGCGAACUCGAUGCGUGAGGCCCGAAACUAUGGAAAAAGCCCUCGAAUCAGUGUUGCCGAAAGUACGGCAAUUACCGUUUCAUACGGCAAUUAGCCUUAUAAUUCACACGAUGUACGGCAUACGGCAGAAUUGUCACUGCCGUAUCAUUAAAUACGGCAAUUUAAAAAAUGAAAUGUUUUUUAAAUCCAACUAUAAUCCUAUAUCCAAUUAUACAUUUCGAUCCCUCCCGAAAAAGGCGGUGAAAAAACGCUCUAAUGUAUUAUAUUCUGUGGCACUGUUUACUAUAGUCUAUACACAGAAAUGAGGAAGUCGGGGAAGUCCCGAUUGUGUGACAGCUAGCUUACGCUUAUGUUGUUCGGCUCCCUUUGUUUUGUUUGCGAUCUCGUGUUUUAUGGUUUAGUUGAGUUUUUAGUUUUUGAAGUAUUAGUAACUGUUGAGUACAGACGAGCAACAAAGGAUCGAGGCGCCCGGCACGCGUUAAUAGGCGGAGCGUCGACAUCGCACGGAGCUUUCCCAUGUAGUCGACAGAUGCGUGCGCGGGUGGCCGCGGGGGCGCUCCCCGCUACAAGGCGUCCAUAUCGCGGCUCUUUCCCCACCGAAACUUUGUACCCCAUGUUACGUAGAUAUAAGCUCGUAGAUUUAGUAUUAUUUUAUGGUAUUAUUGAACGUGUAUUUGUAAUCAAGAAAAAUAAACGAAAUCGAAGACUUUAGUUGUUUUUAUCGACUAAACCAUUAUACAGUCCACAACAGUAACAAAACAAUGUCUUCUUGUGAAGACUCAGGUCCUUCAACACCUAAAGAAGUUAAAAAAGCCACACACAGAGCAGAAAAAUAUAGAAAACAAUGGGAAUAAGAGGGGGAAUUCAAGAACUGGAUUAAAGAAGACUCAAACAGUAUUUAUAAAGCGUAUUGCCGAAUAUGUGAUGCUAAAAUAUCUUGUGAAACGUCUACUUUGAAAAGACACAUGUAUAAUGCUGAACAUUUGAGAAAAAUGCAAUGUAAGUUGUCAUCAAAACCGAUUUCAUCCUUUUUCAAAAAGUCUCAAGACAGUUCCAGUCAUUCUGAUUCAGUUGCAAAGCUAGAGUUGAAGCUGUGUGGGUUUAUGGCGGAACACAACAUUUCCUAUAAAGCCAUGGACCACCUUAGUGAAAUUGUAAAAUCGGGGAUACCAGAUUCAAAAAUUGCUGCAGAUAUUAGGUUAAAAAGAACCAAAUGUACAAGUAUAGUUAAAAACGUAAUUGGAGAUGGCCAUAAAAAGGAUUUAGAAAAAAUAUUAAGAGAGAGUAAGUUUAGCGUGUUAGUUGACGAGUCAACUGAUAUAUCAGCAGUUAAGACAAUGUGCAUUGUCGUGCGUCUAUUCGACCCACAAACAAGCAAAAUAACAAGUUUACUUUGGGAAUUACGGCCUUUGUUUGAAAAAUAUGAUUUUGAUGCUGCAAAUUUGGGUGCUACGGGUGAAGCAAUUUAUGACUCUAUAGUAAAGAGUUUUCAAGAUCGAAAUGUGCCGUUAUCUAAUAUUAUUGGAUUUGUUUCUGAUGGUGCUAGCGUUAUAAUGGGCAAACAUAACUCUGUUGCUAGUCGUUUUAAAGAAAGCAACCCAGGUAUAAUAAUUUUUAAAUGUAUUUGCCAUUCUUUACACUUGUGUGCCAGCGAAGCGUGUAAGAAAUUGCCAAGACGUUGUGAAGAUUUGGCCAGAAACGUCUAUGGAUUUUUCAAGAACAGUUCGAAACGUCAAGCUGAGUUUGUGGAGUUUCAAGCUUUUACCAACACCCUUGUUCAUAAGAUUUUACAUCCUUCUCAAACACGUUGGCUCUCUCUUUUAUCUGUUGUCAUCCGAAUGUUAGAACAGUGGGAAGCAUUAAAACUAUUCUUCACAAAAAAGUGGCUAGACGAACGUGUUAUGGCAACUGAGCUAAUAUUCAAAGACUUAAACGACCCCUUUACAAAAUUAUAUUUUUUAUUUUUGCGUUGGGUGCUGCCUAAAUUCGUCUAUCUUAAUGAAUAUUUUCAAAAAAGCGGCAUUGUUAUAACGGAACUAGACAAAAAAAUGAGAGAAACGUAUCAGAAACUACUCUUCUGCUACAUGAAAAGGGACUACAUAACCCAAAAUGACCUUAGCACUGUUGAUCCUACCAAACAAGAAUAUUUUAUAAAUGUGAACCAGGUGUAUUUAGGAGUGCAUGUGAUGACGGAAAUGGCUAACCCAAACAUUCAAACAAGGCCAGAUUUGGUUGCUGAAUUUCAAAAUAGACCUAGAGAUUUUAUUAAAACUGCCAUGUUAAUACAGAAAAAAUGGAAGACAUUAAGAGAUGGGUACACCAGAUAUGCUAAAAAAAUAAAACCAAAGAGUGGUUCAGCAGCCCUAAACAUUCGGCCAUAUGCAUAUUAUCAGCAGAUGUCUUUUUUAAAGAAAUCAUUCAACUUCGAUGAAAAUACCUAUAAACAGUAUUACUACUCGCCACUCUCUCCUCAGUGCAGUGGUGGCUUAGUGCCUAUGGACCAAGGAGUGAUAAAAGCUUUAAAAACACAAUACAGAAAACUUCAAGUGUUACAAAUGAUACAGAAUAUUGAAAACAGCCAAGGUAUUAAAAGUCUUUCUGUUCUGGAUGCAAUUCUAAUGAUAUCGGAAGCUUGGGAAAAGGUCACACAGACCACUAUAGCUAACUGUUUUCACCAUGCAGGCUUCAAAGAUCUCUCUGCAUCACAAGCGGAGGACGACGGUGAUAUUCCGCUAGCGAGACUGAUACAAUCUACAGAUGAAGAUGACAACAUACCACUUGGUGAGCUGUUUACUCAGUUGCAAAGAUCUACUGCUACAGAACAAAGAAUUGAUAUAGAGGAAUUUAUUGGAAUAGAUGACAGUGUUGCCGUGUGCGCCUUAGCUACCGAAGAAGAAAUUCUCGCAGAAGCUGAAAGUAACAACCGUAACACUGACGAAGAAAACGAAGACCAGCAAGACCCUGAAGAACAGUUUCAGCCAACAACAAUUUCCGAGGCUCUUCACGCUGUAACAGUUUUGCAAAAAUUUGUUGCCUGUAACGAAGUUUGA